UUCAGAUUUCAUCUAAGUACAAAUUUUUUCUUCCAUCAAAUUAUAAGUUUAAAUUUUUGCUGUAGAUUUUAGGAAAAUGGCUUUUAUUAAAAGAAAAGGAAAGUUGGACUGAGCAUGACGCUGCAAUUUUAGUUUUAUUUGAAAAAAAAAAAAAAGAAGAAAAAGCAGUCAUACACAGAGUGUCACGCUAAAAAACCUAAAGUAGAAGUCGAAAAAACACAACAUAACCUAAUAACAACAUUUUUCUCCUCAGCCCAUAUAUCCGUACACACGAAAGCAUCCUUACGAGAGAAGUCUUUUCUCUCUUACACUCUUCCUUCACUCUUUGUAAAAAAGAACAAAAAAUUUCCUUGUUGGGGAUGGCGAAAUUAAGGAUCGGGGGGACCUGGGUAGGGGUGAUAGAGUUAGAAUUGGAGAAUUGGACGGUGGCAAUGUUGAGGGAAGAGGUGGCCAAGCGAUCAAACGUGGAAGGUCCUGACUCUAUCAACCUUAUAGCUUCUGGUAAAGUUUUGAAAGAUGGUGAUGGCACUGAAAAAUUAAGCCAAUUGGGUAUCAAAAACAACGCUAAGAUUCUGGCCAGUCGUCUGUCUGUUGAUGAGGGCAAGUCCUUGAAACAUGAACUCAUGGCUGAGGAAGAACGCUCUCGUAGACUUGCUCGAGUCAAGGCAGUAAUGAUGGGCCUGAUGCUUCACGAAAAUGCAAAGAAUCUAAUUAGGAGACAACUGUAUAAAGAUGCACUGGAAGUGCUCACCAUGGGGGAGGAGGCUUUCUCUCUUUGUGAUCCCAAGGUCCUUGAGUUUAUUGACAAUGUACCGAUACUGCAAAUAGACAUGGUGUGGUGCUAUUUCUUGCUUCAAGAUAUCAGUUGGCUUUCAGUUGCAGGAAUGCGCCUUGAAAAGGCCAGAGAAGGACUUGAACGUUGCCACGGGAAGGAUUUUUCCCGUGUUAGACUCCUUCAAGCUGGUUGCCAGCCAGAGCUUGCACUACAUAUGAGAUUGGAGUUGUUGGAAGGGGUGGUGGCAUAUCAUAAUGGUCAGUUUGAUAAAUCAACAAAGGCACUGACCUCUGCUCAAGCAAAAUUCUCACAGUUACAAGUGCCUGAUGAAGCAUUAUCUCACGUUAUGAGCAUGGGCUUCAAGGAACGUGAUGCAAGGAGGGCAUUACGAUUGAACAAUCAAGAUAUAGGGAGUGCUGUUGAAUUUCUUUUUGAGGAAAAGGCAAAGAGAGCACAAAAGCGAGAGGAUGAUAUCCGGCUUAGAAUGGAAAUGAUGGAGCAAAAACAAUAUGGAGUAACACCACUGAAGAAGGCUGUGAAUCUUGAGAAAUUGAAAGAAUUAGUUGCCAUUGGAUUUGAGAAGAACCUUGCUGCAGAAGCCCUUCGAAUGAAUGAGAAUGAUUUUCAAAAGGCAUUAGAUGAUCUGACAAAUCCAGAAACUAAUUCUGCCAUACAGCUUGAUAUUGAAUCAAGGAAAAGGAAAAGAAAGCAACGGACUGCAGAUGCUAGAAUCGAAGAGCUUGUAUCCAUGGGAUUUGACCGAUCAAGAGUGGUUGCUGCUGUUCAGGCUGGUGAAACAGUGGAGCAGACAAUGAGUCGACUGAUGUCAGAAUCUGAGCCAUUCCCCACUGUUGAUGCUAACAGCAAUGGAAAUCCUGCUUCAGAGCCUAACAAUGUGAACUCCGAUAGUGUGAGUGAUAAUGAUCCUGUUGAAGGUCCGUCAACUGCUGGAGAAGAAGAACGGGAUGUGGAGAUGGAAGAUGAACUUGCAAGAGACAUAGGAAAUGCGGAUGCUUUAUCAGACUAUGACAUUGAAGUUACGAAAGAAGGUGAAGCCAUACACGAGUAUUUAACGCUUUUGGCCUCAACGGAUAUCAAGAAGGCUCUAUCUUCGUGAUGAGAAAACAAUUCGAAACAAUUACUAGUACAUAUUUGUGAAUAGGGUGUACCCACUGAUACAGGCCUCAUUUUAGGUAGUAAAUGUCAAUAAUUUCAAGGGAUUGAUGAUCUAGAAUGAAGGGAAGCAGGAUAGCUCUUUCUAGCACUACAAAAAGCUUGUGAUUUCACAUUCGAAUCCUUAUCCUUAAAUUAAUCAGUGCGUAAUUUACCCAAAUGUGGAUAUAUGCAUGAAAGUGUUUGCAUGCAUGGUCUUUUAUGUGCAUAAAAUGUCUGUAGUUACGGUGCAUUCCACCUGGCUAGAUUUAUCGCAUAUCAUCACUCAGUUUAAAAUGAAACCCAACACCGGAUGGAAUAAGGAAGAACAUUGGUGAUAUGCGAAUAUCGACGAU